AUGGAUGAUGAUGACUUUUCUCUGGAAGGUAUCUUAACAUCGGCUGUGGUUGCAGAAUGUUUCGAGAAAAUGUUCAAUGAUCCUCAGUGUCCUCUUACUUGGCCUAAAUUAUUGUUAACUGAUAUGGGAUCUGAGUUUAAAGGAAGUUGUGAAAAGCUUAUGAAAGAGCAUGAUGUGAAAAUUCAGAAAGCUAAUUCAAAGAGUAGUAUGGGUAUUAUUGAAAGAUUUAAUCGAACAUUAGCUGAGAAAUUAUUUCGGAUUCAAGAUGCACAUGAGUUAUUGUUACCUUUACCUAAAAGAUCUAGAGCUUGGGUUAAGAAUCUUCCUAUUAUUAUCAAGGAUCUUAAUAACACUGUAACUCGACUUCUUGGUAUAAUACCUAAUGAAGCUAUUAAAAAGAAAUUUGUAUAUGCUAAAGCCUCAAAGCCAAGAUAUGAAUGUUGA